CUUCCCUUGGAAAACGGGAAUUCAACCCGCCAGCGACUCGCUAUCGCGACACUGCUCUUUCCUCUCCCUUCUAACCCACUCCUCCAUUCUUACCGCCACUAACUUAGCUUCUUCGCCAUCGCUAUAUAACACACUCCCUCUCAAAAGCUAAUCUUCGGAUCAGUUCCGCUGUUUCCUUCCUUUCUCCACCAACCGAAUUUCAGCUUUUCAGUGAGUUUUAGAAUGUAUCUUUGAGGUUGUCUCAUUGAUCGGUUGGGAUAUGAAAGAUAAGGAAGCAGAUACAAUGUUGCUUCACCUUUUGCUCUUAUUCUCUCUUGUAUUGAGCUUCAUAGAAAAUGGAAGUGCUGGCAUGACAAGUAGAUUUACUCGUUCUGAGUGGCCAUCAGUGGAUAUUCCUCUUGAUAAUAAGGCCUUUGCAGUCCCUGAAGGUCAUAAUGCACCACAGCAAGUUCACAUUACACAGGGUGACUAUGAUGGAAAGGCUGUCAUAAUCUCCUGGGUCACUCCUGAUGAACCAGGGUCUAGCCAAGUACGCUAUGGCUUAUCUGAGGGGAAGUAUGAUUUCACAGCAGAGGGCACAUAUACAAACUACACAUUUUACAAUUACAAGUCUGGCUUUAUACAUCAAUGCCUUGUUGGUGGCCUCGAGCAUGACAGAAAGUAUUACUAUGAGAUUGGAAAUGGUGAUUCUUCAAGGAAGUUUUGGUUUCAAACACCUCCAAAAGUUGGACCAGAUACAUCUUACAAAUUUGGUAUUAUAGGUGAUUUGGGCCAAACAUUCAAUUCUCUCUCCACUCUUGACCAUUAUAUCCAGAGUGCAGGGCAGACUGUCUUAUUUGUUGGAGAUCUCUCUUACGCUGAUAGAUAUAAAUAUCAUGAUGUUGGAGUGCGUUGGGAUUCAUGGGGCCGUUUUAUUGAAAAAAGUUCUGCAUAUCAGCCCUGGAUUUGGUCUGCCGGGAAUCAUGAGAUAGAGUACAUGCCAUAUACGGGGGAAGUAACUCCUUUUAAAUCAUAUCUCUUUAGAUAUCCCACACCCUAUAAAGCCUCCAAGAGUACCAAUCAGCUUUGGUAUGCAAUCAGGCGGGCAUCUGCUCAUAUAAUUGUUCUAUCCAGCUACUCCCCAUUUGUAAAAUAUACGCCUCAGUGGAAGUGGUUAAGAGAAGAACUUACAAGGGUGGACAGGGAGAAGACUCCUUGGCUAAUUGUCGUCAUGCACGUUCCUAUCUACAAUAGCAAUGAAGCCCACUUUAUGGAGGGUGAAAGUAUGAGAACUGUCUAUGAGGAGUGGUUUGUCAAAUACAAAGUUGACAUGGUAUUUGCCGGUCAUGUCCAUGCUUAUGAGCGAUCAUACCGCAUAUCAAACAUCCACUAUAAUGUAUCAAGUGGUAUUGCUUAUCCUGUACCAGACAAAUCAGCUCCUGUUUACAUUACUGUUGGAGAUGGAGGGAACCAGGAAGGUCUUGCUGGAAGAUUUAGAGAUCCCCAGCCUGAGUACUCUGCUUUUCGCGAAGCUAGUUAUGGACAUUCUACAUUAGAGAUAAAGAAUAGAACACAUGCAUACUAUCAUUGGAACCGGAAUGAUGAUGGAAAAAGAGUUGCAACUGACGCUUUUGUUCUACACAACCAGUUCUGGGGAAACAGCCGGAGAAGGAGAAAGCUGAACAAAUCCCAUCUUCACUCAGUCAUUGUUAGCAGGUACUCUACCACGCCAUUGUGAAUGCAGCAGUUCUCCAUCACAACUGGCAAUUUUGCCGCAGCAUUGAAUCCUCGGCUGCUGUUUUAUUGUGUAAAUAAGAAUUUCUGUUGUUUAUAUAUGAUCUUUUCUUUCUUUGAAAAUGUCAUUGAAGAAUAACAUGAAAUAAAAGAUGUAUUUGUGAAUACCUAGCCGAGUAUUGAGUCACAGUACUGUAAUUAUAAUUAUGACCUCAUUUUGGCAAA